AUGAGCCCGGAGACUUCCUCGCCCCUCGUCGACCAUCUCCUUCAGUCCCUCACACUCGAGGAGAAGGUCGACCUCCUCGCCGGCAAAAAUAUGUGGGAAACCACAAACAUCGACCGGCUGCACAUCCCCAGCCUAAAGAUGACCGACGGUCCAGCCGGCGCCCGAGGCUCCAAAUGGACAUACGGCUCUCUAACGACGUUCAUUCCAUGCGGUAUUUCGCUCGCCGCAACCUUCGACCCUGCACUGGUGGAGAAAGUCGGCACUGUCCUCGGACAGGAAACAUGGCGUAAGGGCUGCCGGGUCUUACUAGCACCAACCAUGAACCUAUCGCGCUCGCCGCUUGGAGGACGCAAUUUCGAAGGCUACGGCGAGGACCCGUACCUUGUGGGCGCGAUCGCGACAGCCAUGAUACGCGGGAUCCAAAGCCAGGGGGUAGCCGCUUGCAUGAAGCAUUUCAUUCUCAACGACACCGAGACGAGGCGGUUUAAUGUCGAUCAGACGAUUGAUGGGCGUACGCUGCGAGAGGUGUAUAUGAAGCCGUUUACCAUGGCUGUGCGGGAUGCGGACCCGUUGACAGCCAUGGUUAGUUACCCCAAGAUCAACGGGCUGCAUGCCGAUCUGAGUCCAGAGGUUUUGCCGCGUCUGCUGAGGGAGGAGUUGCGGUUUGAUCGACUCGUUAUGAGCGACUGGGGUGGGCUGAACAGCACCGUCGAGAGUUUGCUGGCUACCACAGACUUGGAGAUGCCGGGGCCUCCGAUAUGUCGGGGGCAGCGUUUGUUGGAUGCGAUUCGGAACGGGGACAUUAAUGUGGCGGCACACGUUGACCCAAGUGUUCGGCGCAUGUUGCAGCUUUUAGAGAAAACGGGAUUUUUGGGAAACACUGAGCAAAUAGUGGGAUCGGAACAAACAACAAGCGAUCCUAACUUCCAUAAGAUUGCCUGCGAGGCAGCACAGGGGGGUCUAGUGCUGCUGAAGAACGACGGCGUGCUUCCCCUUCGGCCCUCGACUCUCCAAAAAGUGGCAAUCGUUGGGCCCAACGCACGUAAGCCCACGGCUGGUGGAUCUGGCAGCGCCGCUGUGAAUCCCUUCUACAUCACUACCCCCGAAGAGUGUCUCCGGACUGCGUUGAAGGCUGCAAACCCGGACAUCGAGGUCACAUAUUACCCCGGAAUGCUAGACAGCUUGCGUGCACCUCUUCUAGGCGACUUGCUAACGGUCCCUGACGGGUCUCGCAACGGUCUCGAAGUGAAUUUCUUCGCGGGCCAUGCUUUCCAUGGAUCAGUGGUGGCGACUAGUCUGUGGGAUGACUCCCUAGUCUAUUUGUUCAGUGAUGGCGACGUGCCGGCCUCGUUAGACGGUCGUCCAUUCUGCUACCAGGCCUCGGGACUCAUUAAACCGCAGGAGUCCGGACGUUACACGUUGAGCCUGGCGAACACCGGGCAAGCAAAACUAUUCCUCAACGACGAGCUACUCAUCGAUAACAGUGAAUGGACCCGCACGACGGGUGGUUUCCUAGGUUGCUCGAGCGAGGACCGAACCGCCAGCAUUCAGCUAGAAGCAGGACGUGCCUACCGACUGCGCGUAGACAAUAUCGUCACACUGCCACUCGUGAAGGCAUUCGAUAACACACUGUUCCCGUGCGUGUCAGGUAUGCGUAUCGGCAUGGCUCGAGAUCUGGACGAGACAGCAAUACUGCAACAAGCAGUCGCUUCAGCGCGCCAGGCCGACGUGGCGGUGGUCGUGGUGGGCCAUAAUAAGGACUCAGAGGGCGAGGGAGGCGACCGCGCACACAUUCAGCUACCCGGUCGCACCGACGAGCUAGUGAGCGCUGUCUGUUCUGCAAACCCGAACACUAUCGUCGUGGUGCAGUCGGCCAGUGCAGUAACCAUGCCAUGGGUCGACGCUGCGCCGGGCAUAGUGAUGGCGUGGUAUCAGGGCCAGGAGAACGGGGAGGCCCUAGCACAGGCUCUUCUAGGUCACUGCAACUUCUCUGGAAAGCUGCCCAUCACGUUCCCGCGGCGGCUAGAGGAUCAUGGCUCGCAUGCUUGGUUCCCCGGUGAGGCGGCGCAGGACCGCAACACGCUCGGAGAAGGUGUGCUGGUUGGAUAUCGACAUUUCGAUGCGCGAGAGAUUCGUCCACUCUGGCCGUUUGGGUUUGGACUUUCGUAUACUCGGUUCGAGCUGGCUGACAUUCGUGUCAGCGGGACCUUGAGCGCUGUCUCCCCGGAGUCGCGAGUUCUGGUCCAUGUACGGGUGGUUAAUGUUGGAGGAUGCGACGGGCAGGAGGUGGUGCAGGUUUAUGUGGCUCCAUCAGCAAGGGUCGCGGAGAUGGGUCUGGUACACUAUCAAAAGACUCUGGCAGGGUUUGGCAAGAUUGAAGUGGCUGCUGGAAAGGCGCGCGAAAUGACCAUCUCCAUCUCAGGCUGGGAAUUUUCUUGGUAUGAUGCGAAAGCUGGUCGGUGGCAACUGGAUGCGGGCACAUAUAAGUGCUGGGUGGGCCGUAGUGUCUGUGAGAUUGAGAAGGAAUUAGAGAUUGUUGUAGAGUAG